AUGAACAACGGGUUCAGCACAGGAGAAGAAGAUUCCAGAGGUAAUUCUGACCAAAUAUGUUGCCUUGUGGAUGACAGCGACCGAUGCAGGCGACUCGCUGGCAACGCGUCAUAUAGCAAGCGCAUUCAAAAAACUGUAGCUCUCAAGAGGCUAAAGUUGAACAUAGAUCAUCAGGCUAGGCAUACAUACAUUUGCGAUUACCAUAAAACCAUGAUUCAGUGUGCUCGAACAAAGCAAAGGAGAAACAAAGACUCGGAAGAUGACAGCAAUGAGGCUGAGAUUGAUUCACCGGAAGUAGACUGGUUCCAAUUACAAGUCAAUACAUUAAGAAGGUAUAAGAAGCAUUACAAGGUUCCAACUAGACCUGGACUCAAUAAGUCACAAUUAGCUGACGCUAUUCAAAAGCACUUCAAAUCUCUACCAGUCAAUGAAAAAGAGAUAGUGACUUAUUUUAUCUAUAUGGUGAAGACUAAUGGUAACAAAUUAGAUCAUAAAAAUGGAAUGAAUUCUGACUCAUUGUAA